GUCAGUAAGUUGCCAAGUUAUCUAUUUCUGCCAUGCUUGUAGUAAGCGUGUGUGACUCAGAAAAUUAGAAAAAAAAAUCUCUAAAAACUGUCUCACAGUGCCCCAUGUCUGGCCCUCUGGGAGGGAAGCAGGAGGGCCUGGAGAGAUUCACCUUCAUGUUCCCCUUCCUCCUCCUCUUCCCAGAUGCUGUUGGCCUUGCUGGUCUUGGUGCUGUACUUGGGCACAGGAAUCUCAGGAAGAAGCUGGGAGAUGUCAGAAAGGAUCAGAGAGUGUAACUGUUACCAGAAUCCUGUGAUUUCUCAGGGGCUUGAAUAUCAGAGCAGUGAACCCUCAGAAGAGCCAAUAAGGGUCGUCAGGACCUGGUUGAAGGAGAAUUUGCAUGUCUUCUUGGAGAAGUUAGAGAAAGAGGUGCAAGAGCUGGAGCAGCUAGUGCGAGACCUGGAAUUGUGGUUGGAUGCUCUUCUGGGAGAGUCACAACCCCACCCAGAAGAGCCCUGCUGUGCCCACAAGAGCCACAUGUGA